GACUGGCCCUCCAAAUUGGACUAGUCCAACCGUUUUGUGUAAAAGAAACGCUGAAGUAAAAGUUUCAUACAGUUUCCAGUUCCGCCGGGCACGUGACAGCCCGUCCGUGCAAGUUGCCGCCCCUCCCUCCUCUCUCUCUCAUUCCCCGAUCACCGAUCACCGCUCACGUGACCUCCAACUUUCCCUCACUUUCUAUCGCUCUCGUUCACUUUCUCGCUCGGCCAUGACCCAAGCUCCGUGCGUUUUUGCUUCCUCAGAUCUGUGCCUUUGAUUUUCCGAUCUGAAUUCGAGCUUCUCGAUGGCGACGAGGAACCGGACUGUGAUUUUCAGAAGGUACAGAGAUGCGUUGAAGAGCGUUAGGGUUCCGUCGAGCUAUGCAGCGGCGGCGUCGUCUUCGACGAGCUCAAGCGGUGGUCCAGUGAUCGAAUUGGUCAACGCCUCGCUUCUCAAUCCGAAUCGAUCCUAUGCUCCGCUCAGCACUGAGGAUCCGGGUAAUUCAAGUAAGGGUGCACUUACUGUGGGUCUACCUCCAGCUUGGGUGGAUGUGUCUGAAGAAAUAGCGACAAAUGUGCAGCGUGCACGGAUUAAAAUGGCUGAGUUGGCCAAGGCUCAUGCAAAGGCUUUAAUGCCUUCUUUUGGGGAUGGUAAAGAAGAUCAACAUUUGAUUGAGGCUCUUACACAAGAGAUAACUGGUCUGAUAAAGAGAUCAGAGAAGAAACUACAGAGACUUUCAGCAGCUGGGCCUUCCGAGGAUUCAAAUGUUAGAAAGAAUGUGCAGCGCUCUCUUGCCACUGACCUUCAAAACCUUUCAAUGGAGCUUCGCAAGAAACAGUCAACUUAUUUGAAGCGCCUCAGGCAGCAAAAAGAGGGUCAAGAUGGGGUUGAUUUAGAGAUGAAUCUAAAUGGAAGUAGAUCUAAAAUGGAAGACGACGAUUUGGACAACAUGGUAUUUACUGAGCACCAGAUGGCCAAGCUCAAGAAAAGCGAGGCAUUCACAGCAGAGAGAGAAAAAGAAAUCCAACAGGUUGUGGAAUCCGUAAAUGAGCUUGCUCAGAUUAUGAAGGAUUUGUCAGUACUUGUGAUAGACCAGGGUACCAUUGUUGACAGAAUAGACUACAACAUUCAGAGUGUGGCAACGACGGUGGACGAGGGACUAAAGCAGCUAGAAAAGGCAGAGAGAACACAGAAAAAAGGGGGGAUGGUGAUGUGCGCGACAGUGCUCAUCAUCAUGUGCUUUAUCAUGUUGGUCCUACUAAUCCUAAAGGAGAUAUUCUUGUGAUCCCUGAGCUCUGUUAUCUCCUGAUUUUUCCUUACAUUCUUAUUCUGACCCUCCCCUGAGACUUUUAACAUGCUCAGAAAAUAGAAAUGGUGAUGCGCUCGGUGCUGUGCCUGCCUGCAGAAGAUCACAUGGGUUUUGAACUGCCCCAGUAUAGUUGAUAAAGAGACUACCAAUUUUUUUUCCUUUUCCUGGUUUUUGAGGAGGGAAGAAGUGGCCAGGAAAUGUAUAGAGCAGCUAUUGUAAGUUGUUCCUUGGGGUAUUAUUGAUUGUUUUGGUUUGUCGGGGAGUGGUGGCUUGGUUCCUUCUGGUGGGUCUAUUUACUGGGAGAUGAGGCCGUUCUAUAUUUUUGUAUUGAUUUUUUUCUCAAGCAAUAAAGUUGAAUACAUCCAAUUUAAUACCUCAA